AUGGAAACGGGAGUCGAUGGUUUAAUGGCCUCGGUUUACGAGCGCAGGGAUAAGGACGCUGUUAAAUGUUUAGCUUUUGCGGUAAGUGAAUAUGCACCACUGGCCCAGAUAGCCAACUCAGAGCGUGAGAAAGUCGUCUUUCAUUGCCGAUAUUGGAGAAAUGUGGAGCUCCUACGUCGCCGUUUAUCGACUAGAUUGUGCUGA